AUGGCUGAGACCCCCCGUGCCCCGCCGCCACUGAGGCCUCCGCCGCCCGUUCCGCUGCCGGACACGCCGCCUCGCCCGGAUUCGUCGCCUUCCACGCCCGGCGAGGAUUACCACACGCCGACGCCCUCGCUGGACGAGGCGCGCGAAGAAACGCCACCGUGGUCGCAAGAAACCAACGGCAACGAGAGAGCGGCCAGCAAAAGCCCGGCCCUCUCGCCCGUGCGCCUCCCCUCGCCGCACCGCCUGCUGCCGCCCAACUCCCCCACCGGCAACGGCGAUGACGGUGCCGCCGCCGGGCAUGCGCCGGUGCCGGGCCGCCGCCCGCAGCUCCGCCUCGCGCCCGGCCUCGUCCGGACGCCGUCGGAAGGGUCCGUCGCCAAGUCUCCCUCGCCGUCGCCCUCUUCGUCGCUGACGUCGCCAUCGCCUCUAACCCUGGCUCCCACAAUCACAACCAACAGCAAGAGCGCCCAGAGCACGCCGAAGCGCACGGAGGCAUGGAAGCCGCCGGCCACGGGGAUCGCGGUGCAGUUCGACCCUGUCGAGGAAGCCGUCACGUCGCCGCUGCAACUGGGCAAGGCCCGAAUCGACCGCCAUCGCGCCACUACGAUGGCGGCAGCAGAGAACGGAGGCGCGCCCAACACGGUGCCUCGCGACGUGGCGGCGGUGGCCGCUGUCGGGGAGAGGAGGCCACUGUCGGUGGCGCUGCGGCUGGCCACGGCAGUGCUCAGCCUGGCGUCCUUCGCGGUGAUGGCCAGCGCCCGGACGUCCGGCUGGGACGGCGAUCACUUCGAUCGCUACGAUCAGUACAGGUACGCCCUGGCGAUGAACGUGAUCGUCUGCGCCUACUCAAUCGCGCAAUCGCUUGGUGAGAUCCGCCGUCUGGUCGCGGCGAGGUUUAUUUACAGGAGCAUGUCAAGCUACUACGUCAGCCUGUUCCUUGAUCAGGUCCUGGCGUAUCUCCUCAUGUCGGCGUCCUCGGCUGCCGCGUCGCGCAACGAUCUGUGGGUGUCGAGGUUCAGCCAGGACGCCUUCAACAGGAAGAUCACCAGCUCCGUGUGGCUGUCCUUCCUUGCCUUCAUAGCGCUCGCCGCAAGCUCGCUCAUCUCCACGGCUAAUCUCUUCAGCAUGGUCUAA